UUUGCUCGCGUGCGGUUCGGUCCCGAAACCUAGACCUGGCUGUCUAUCUCAGAACUAAUUUCCCCGUUGUUGCUGGUCCUGAAAGUCCCCGGUCGUCGUUUUUUCGUCCGAGUUUGGGGGAGCACGUGUGCAGCCAGCAAUUUUUAUUUUUGCGGGCUACCUUUUUUUUUGCGUGUGGCUGCUGCAGAAGCCUUCACCGAUAUCCCUCCGGUUGUUGUCGAUUCGAGUCCGUCUCCCGGUGCGGUCGUUUGGAUUGUGGGAACCAAACCCAGUGUGGCUAACAGCCGCAGAGUUUGUGUGUGAGCUCGAAAAGCUCGGCCCGGGAGUGUGAAUAAAUGGAAAGUGUGCAUCAUCGAGUUAAGAAUCCCACUGGAAUAAGAUGAAAGCUGAAUCGAGAGCCGAUGGAGUAAAUAAAUAUUUAUGAUAAGGAAGUAAACAUGCAGCAAUUCAACAGUCAUCAACAUUCCAGUUGGCCAACCAUCGAAGUCGUUCGCUGCCGUAUUAAAAUAAUUGCCAACAAGUGACAGCGCUGCUGCUGUUAGAGAAAGUUUUACCAACAGCUAGUAGUGGAAUAAGAAGAGCAGAACCACCACCCACUCAGAACGGGAUAAGUCGGAGGCAGCAAUAAUGGUGUUGGAGGACGAUACCAUUUUCGAGGUGGAUUAGAGUGUGAUAUUGCUGGAAUAGAGCAGAAGAAAUAUAAGUAGUGCCACUAUAGCGUUGUACGGUUGUAGAUUCGAAAAUAGUUGAUUCCCUGUAUACAUAAUUAAUUGCCACGUGGCCUCGAGCGAGCGAAAGGUGUGAGGGAGGAUAGAAGUGAAACGAGAAGAUACCUCAAAUUGGGUAAAAAUCGAAGAAAAGUUUAGUUUACCGGUCUCAUUGCGGGGUAGUUUCCUUUAAGUGUUGUGGUGGCUCCAGAGAGUGAGAAGUGUUGAGUUGAUUGGAUUCGACCGUCUGAGCGAUAAAGGCAGACCGGUCAUAAAACGAAAACUGUUGCUGAGCUGGAUAGCGCAUUUGGUGGAAGCGGAAAUCCCAAGAAGAAGAAAAAAGGCCGGGCCAAAACGGCCUUCAAUAGUAGCACCACGUUUCGAGGAAGUCUGUCAAGUGCGAAAAAGUGUUUGCGAUUAACCUAAUCAAGUUUGUCGUGAAAAUGUGGAAUCGUCUUUCGCCAACCAAUUCCAAUAAACUGUUGCUCGAACAUGGUAAUAAUAGCAAUAUUAGUAGCAAUACCACCAACAACAAUAUCAUCACCUCCAGUGUCCAUCCCAGCAAGGCGAGUGCCGCCAUUGUUGCCGCCUUUUCCGCAGCCGUUAGCCCCUCCAUUGUUGCUACCAAUAAUACAACCACCACCAUCAACAACAACAACAAUAGACCCAAUAACCCAACCACCAAUAAUAACAACAACAACACGACCUCUACCAACCCCAAUAGUAAACAUUCUGCCAUCUCCACUACCAAUAAUACCAAUACCAUCACAACCAAAACCACUACCAGUAACAGUAGUAGCAAUAACAAGCCCAACAAAAUCCUCUCCAUCGACAUGGAAAUCCGUAUACAGAAUAAGUGUAUUUCAGCAUAGCGGAUCACUCUGGAGGGACCGGAACCCCCCUGGAGGCAAGGCCCCCUCAAGGUGGCAUUCCUGGGGGCCUCCGGCGUUGGAAGGACCAGUGUCCUGCAGCAAUUUUUCAAACAUGACUUCCCGAAGAGCCACGUCCGGACCAGUCGCCGCACGAUUUACCGAAGCUGUCUGGUGUGCGACACCUGCAUCCGGGAGCUGAUGGUGUUCGAUGUGCCGCCCCAAAGGCGCUUCCCCGCGGACAAUCUGGCCGAAUGGAACAACGGCCACCCACUGGGACUCCGGACGGUUCAUGCCUACGUGCUGGUCUACGACAUGGGAAAUCUCGAAACGUUCCAGUACUGCCGCAAUAUGCGUGAUCAAAUUUUAGAAAGCUUUAAUCAUCGUGAUUUUAAAAUUAUGGUUGUGGGCAAUAAGGUGGACAUGGUAUCGGAAAGUAAUCCACACACUCAGGAAUUAAAAGACAUUUCCACCCUGGUUCGUAAACACUGGCGAUGUGGUUAUGUGGAGUGUUCGGCGAAACACAACUACAAAGUCGGAGACAUCUUCCGGGAACUGAUGGGCUACCCGGUGUGUGGCACCGCCCCCCGUUUGGAGUUCCCACAAUCUAUUAGAUCCAAAAAUCGCUGUACAAUUCUCUAGUAGUGGCUGCCGAGGCCAUUGUUGAUUAGCACUGGCAACUGUUGUUGUGGAUGAUGGUCCGAUGACAACGUGGAAAUCCGGAAGUAGAAAUGGGAAGCCACGGAAACCAGCCAAACCAUCAUUCGGAGACAAAGACGACGACGACAACGCGUAUCGAUGGUUGUUUGCCGAGCAGACGCGUCUAUUAAUCACCGACUAAAUGUAAUGACGUUCCCCCAAAAACAUGCCGAAGGAGAACGCGCACAAUCUUUGAUGAGACAUUGUGAUGAAAUUCAUGAGUGAGAAUAUCGGAACCGGAAGCUACCCAGGAAGAUUCGAAGCAGAAAGCAAUCCCGCCGGAGCGUGAAAUUGAAGGCUGCUGGAUCGUCUUCGUGAAAGACGAACGUUAGAUUAAAAUGACAGAUAUUAAGUAGAAAUUCGUACACAGGCAGAAGAGCAAAACUCGUGUUGACUAUUGUUACAAACGGUAGGAAUAUCUCACCACAUUCAUUACACUUUUGUGUCGUUGGAAAUUGAAGACCGUAGACAUAGGGGUGAAAAAGCAGAAGAGGGGGGGGACAACACUUAAUUAUCCAUCUAGAUUCUUAUACAAGCUAGAGAGACUGUUUUCCACGACACACCCAUCUUACACUCUCAUGAUUUAUUGUGCUCCAUAUCUUAAUCGUUUCCUGAUAUCGUCUCGGGAAACUGACAGAGUAAUGCACAUAAAUAAGGGAAACCACAUUACAUACAUUCAUGGGCAGGAUUAAAUUAUUUCGAAACCACAAACAAUCAGCAAAGAUGUGUUGUGCAAAAUAUUAAUCGGUGAUAAUCAUUCAAUAAUGCUCAUAUCUGGAACGAUUCA